GCUGGUUGGGUUAUAAAUUGCGGGCUGAGAAGCACAGCAACUCACCGGAGUCAUUUCGCUACAAUACAAGCUCAUUACUAACUCCAACAGCUACACUAACAGAUCCUAUAGUCAAACAAACGUUGACUAUCAUUUUCUCUCUCCAUAUAAUUAUUUUGUUUAGGUUUUAAGGUACGCACAAUGGCAGAAAAGAUAAACAUGGAGUGGAAGGCAUCCAACGGAGAGGCGCAUCAAGAUGAGCUGGUAGCCAACGGAUUCGGCCACAAGAAGUGUUCCAAAGAGACAACAACGGAGAAAAUCAAGAGGUUAGUCAUGGCCAACUUUCUGGUGAUUCUCACCGUGGCCGGGGUGAUCAUCGGGGUGUUCAUCGGACUUGGCGUGCGCCACAUGGAGCUGAGCAGGACACAGAUCCUCUACGUGGGUUUCCCUGGCGAACUGCUCAUCAGGCUGCUGAAAAUGAUCAUAAUCCCCCUGGUCGUGUGCAGCCUGGUGUCCGGGGCGGCCAGCAUCGACCCCAAAGCCCUGGGUAAGCUAGGCGGCUGGGCCAUGCUCUUCUUUUUGGUCACCACCUUAAUUGCGUCAGCAAUCGGGGUGAUCAUGGCGUUCAUCAUCUCCCCCGGAUCAAACACCGGCUCCAAGCCGAUUUUGUUGGAUGACGGCAAGCUGCCCCCGACCAAAGAAGUGGUGGACUCAUUCUUGGACCUGAUCAGAAACAUCUUCCCCUCCAACUUGGUGUCUGCUGCCUUUCAGUCUUACGCUACCAGCUACACGUUUGUGACCAAGAAUGGCACUAAUGGCUUGCCCAACAUCACAGUUGAGAAGGUUCCCUUUGGCACGGACCAGGACGGUAUGAACAUCCUAGGACUGGUGGUGUUUGCCAUAGUGUUUGGUGUAGCCCUGAGGAAGCUGGGAGAGGAGGGAGAGAUCCUCAUCAAGUUCUUCAACUCCUUCAACGAGGCCACCAUGGUGCUGGUGUCCUGGAUCAUGUGGUAUGCCCCCCUUGGUAUCAUGUUCUUGGUAGCAGGGAAGAUCGUGGAGAUGGAGGAUGUGGGCACGCUGUUUGCCAGCCUGGGCAAGUACAUCGCCUGCUGUAUCGUUGGCCACGCCGUCCACGGCCUGCUGGUCCUGCCGGGCAUCUACUUUAUCAUCACCCGCAAGAACCCCUACACCUUCCUGUGGGGCAUCUUCACCGCUCUGGCCACAAGCUUUGGGACCAGCUCCAGCUCUGCCACUCUGCCCCUGAUGAUGAAGUGCGUGGAGGAGAACAACGGCGUGUCCAAGCACAUCAGUCGUUUCAUCCUGCCCAUCGGGGCCACCGUGAACAUGGACGGUGCAGCGCUCUUCCAGUGUGUGGCGGCCGUCUUCAUCGCUCAGCUCAACAACAUCCCGCUCAACUUCAUCCAAGUCUUCACCAUCCUAGUGACAGCCACGGCGUCCAGUGUGGGAGCAGCAGGGAUCCCCGCUGGGGGCGUGCUGACGCUGGCCAUCAUCCUGGAGGCAGUGGGACUGCCCAACGACAUCUCCCUCAUCCUCGCCGUCGACUGGCUCGUUGACCGUACCUGCACCGUUCUGAACGUGGAGGGCGACGCCUUCGGAGCCGGGCUGCUGCAGUGGUAUGUGGACCGCUCUGCCAAGCCCGAGGAGGAGCUAAACGAGGUAAAGAUGGAGGAUGGCACCCCGCCGUGCCGGAGCACGCGCCCUCAUCGGGGAGAAGGAGAAGCAGGGUGCGGUCGACGAGAAGGCGGCGGCUCGCGGCUCUGCGAAAGAGUCCGUCAUGUAGAUGGUUCACUACCGUGUCAUCGAUGACCCUUCAAUCUAGCCUCUCCAUACGUGACCCCCCCCC